AUGCACGACCUCGACCUCGCCACGAAGCCCCGGAAGAAGGUCCGGGGCGCGGCGACGGAUCUCGCCGGCGCCUGCGCGGGCAAGACCUACGCGAUGGUGACCAUGGGCUGCCAGAUGAACGCGGCCGACAGCGAGCGGCUCGAGGGGUCGCUGCGGCAGCUCGGCCUCGUCGAGGCCCCGGACCCGAAGCUGGCCAACGUCGUCGUGCUCAACACCUGCAGCAUCCGCGAGCACGCCGAGACGAAGGUCUACUCCUACGUGGGGCCCCAGGCGAAGCGGAAGCGCAACGGCGAGGACGUGACGAUCGUCGUCGCGGGCUGCGUGGCCCAGCAGGAGGGCGCGCGCCUGCUGCGACGGGCGCCCGAGGUCGACGUCGUCAUGGGGCCCCAGUACGCGAACCGGCUGCCGGACGUGCUCGAGCGCGCGAUGGUCCACGGCGAGCAGGUCGCGGCGACGUCCGCGUCGUACGGCGCGACGUCGACGUCCAGUGCGGCGUCGGGCGCGGCGCUCGACGCGCCGACGGCGCCGCGGCGCGCGUCGGGCGUCGUCGCCUGGGUGACGAUCACGCACGGCUGCAACGAGCGCUGCACGUACUGCGUCGUCCCCAACACGCGCGGCGUCGAGCAGUCGCGCGCGCCCGACGAGAUCCUGGCGGAGAUCGACGACUUGGGGAACCGGGGCUACCGCGAGGUCACGCUCCUGGGCCAGAACGUCGACGCCUACGGCCGCGACAUGCGGCCCCGGCGCCACUUCCACGACCUGCUCGCCGCCGUCGCGGACGUCGCGCGGCGGCACGGCGACAUGCGCGUGCGCUUCGUGACGAGCCACCCGCGCUAUAUUACAGAUGCCGUCAUCGACGCCGUCGCGGACCACGGCGACGUGAUCAUGCCCGUGUUCCACAUGCCCGCGCAGUCGGGCGACGACGCGAUGCUCCGUUUGAUGGGCCGGGGCUACACGGCGGACCGCUACCGGUCCAUCGUCGCCAAGAUCCGGAAACGGCUGCCGGACGCGACGAUCUCGAGCGACUUCAUCGUCGGCUGCCCCGGCGAGUCGGAGGCGGCCUUCGAGGCGACGCUCGCGUUGAUGGACGACGUCGAAUUCGACGCGUGCAUGACGGCGGCCUACUCGCCGCGGCCGGGCACGCCCAUGGCGCACUGGGACGGCGCCGCGGACGCCUUCGCGACGCUCGGCUGCGACGACGACGUCAAGGAGGACCGCCUGCGGCGCAUCAACGCCAAGUCCGACGCCCACGUCAAGCGCCGCGCGGAGCGCUACCUCGGCCGCGUCGAGCCCGUCCUCGUCGAGCAGCGCAACACGCGCGCGCCGACCCAGGUCGUCGGCCGGACGCGGGGCAACAAGCUCGUCUUCUUCGAGGGCGACGCGGACGACCUCGUCGGCCGCACGGUCGACGUCGAGAUCACCGAGGCGAACACGUUCUCCCUCGUGGGGGUCCGCGUCGUUGGCGACGCCGAGUUCCUCGAGUAA